AUGCAGGCAGACGACGCUGGAAAGCCGGCGCACUUAGACCUGGUGGUUUCGCACUGUGAUAGGCCGCUGAAUUGGAUCAGCUUUUUCGUAACAAGGCCCAUGUCCAGCGUUACCGUGUACAGCAAAUGCAACCAGACUGUUGAGGGCGCGCCGGCGCAAGCUCGAAUUAUUCGCAUGGAUAACAUCGGUCGUUGCGACCACACGUAUGCACAUUGGCUAGUUCAGCAAGGGAAUCGCAUCCCACCGGACAGACAAGCAAAUGAUCUUAUUCUUUUUGUCAAAGACAACGACAUGUCCGAUCGUCACAUUGGAGAUGAGGCUGUUGCUUUCGAAGAGAUGGUCCAUGUGGCGACGGGAUCGGCCAGGUUUGCUUGCGGACGUUGGUGGCCAAAGCACAGCCUGUACCACGUAAGAGAGGCCCUGGGUCAGUUCAGACACGGGAAUCUGGUUUACAAGAUUUGGCAAAGCAAGGACAAGGAACGGGACCAGCAGGCAUUCACAUCGAACUUCUCUUCCUUGGCAGAGUGGACGAAUGCCAUGGGGUUCAGGAGCAUCUGGGAGAACCACACCUUGGUACCCGUCUGUUACGGAGGCCUCUUCCUGACGACCUACUCGCAGAUUCUGCGGCCGCACUUAGACACCUGGAAGCACCUCGAGUCAUCACUCUCACGCGGAGACAAUAUUGAGGAGGGUCACUUUGCUGAAAGGUCCUGGGCAGCCUUGCUAUCUGAGCCCCUGGAAGUACGGAAGCAAGUGAAGAUUCUAAGCCAAGUCCAGCUGGUAUGGGCCUACCCAAUGAAUGGCAUGCUCAGGCUUCACCCGCCUAGCUGA